GAGAGAGCUGAAGGUCCGCUGUGUGUUAAAUGAUCAUCCUUGCGUUUUCAACAGUUGAUGUGACAAGGAAGGUCCGUGCACCGUUUUGGCGUGACAAUUCUGUGAGACAUCCAGAGACUGGACCGUUGACUUUCUUCUUUUCAAUCGUCAUGUGUUGGACUUCUUAAGAAGAGCAAGGGCAAUGAUAUCACAGCGGUGUCUUAACCCGCAUCAAUGCAGCAUGCAAGAGGGCUGAUCACACUCUUAAUAUCCGGUCUGGAUCUAUAUUUUCUAUUUGGAUUUUCACAUACCUCGUAGGCAUUCUUCAGAAGCAUUUUCAUGACUCGCUGAAGACAACUUGAGCGGAAGGGAAAGCCAUUACAUUAUAAUCAGAGAGGUACUGAGGGAAACCUGCUCAUUGAUAUUACUGGCACACUUUCAGCACCAGUUUAGCCACUUAUACUGUAGAGUACACUGGAGCCUGUGAAGAAAUAGGGGACACAGAGGACGUUAAGAUGUAAUUCGGGGCCAAGUGUUACAAGGAUGAGCUUGUGCACCGCGGCUAUUGCAUUUUGAGGAAACUGGAUUGCGAUUAUGCCACAGACGGGUCUGGGCGUUCAACUGAAUUUAAAUUAGGUGUACGGCAUCACCGUUUGUAAUUAAAAAAGGGGCUAAAAGGAAGGCCAGCGAGGAACCAAAAGCAAGAAAACGCGACGAAAUGACUUUGUCCUUUUUGUUAUGAAAAGAGCUUUAGCCUGAUUGCAAUUAAAAGAUAGGAAUUGUCAGUUUGCAGAGCAAAUCAACAGGUCGGAAGCUAAAACGCAUGGAAAAUAAAAGCGCAGGGCAGCGUAAGGGGAUGCAUCUGACGGUGUUCAUCUUUCUGCUCCUAUGGGCACAAGCCCUGACAUUGAAAAACCUGAAUUAUUCCGUCCCGGAAGAGCAGGGGCCGGGAACAGUGAUUGGGAACAUUGCCAAAGACGCCAGAAUCGGACCGGGAGAGCGGGGCAAGAAAUCCAACUUCAGGGUGUUAGAGAAUUCAGCUCCGCAUCUCAUUGACGUGGAUCCCGAAAGCGGAUUGCUCUACACCAAGCAGCGGAUAGACAGGGAAACACUGUGCCGACGAAACCCCAAGUGCCAGCUCUCCAUGGAAGUGUUUGCCAAUGACAAAGAGAUCUGCAUGAUUAAGGUGGAAAUACAGGACAUAAACGACAACUCUCCCAGCUUUCCUUCGGAUCAGAUCGAUAUUGACAUUUCUGAGAAUGCAGCUCCCGGCACCCGUUUCCCACUAACGAGCGCACAUGACCCGGACUCCGGGGAAAACGGGCUGAAAACCUAUCAGAUAACGCGAGACGAUUACAAUAUAUUUUCUCUGGAUGUAAAAUCCCGAGGAGAUGGGACGAAGUUCCCGGAGUUAGUUAUUCAGAGAGCCUUAGACCGAGAGGAGCGCAGUCACCAUACCCUUAUAUUAACAGCAACCGAUGGAGGGGAAUAUUCCAGAUCAGGGACCAUGCAAAUCAAUGUGAAGGUUAUUGACUCUAAUGACAAUAGCCCCGUGUUUGAACAGCCUUCCUAUGUGGUGGAGAUUCCUGAAAACUCACCCCCAGGGAAAGUAGUGAUAGACCUAAAUGCAACAGACCCAGAUGAAGGCAGCAAUGGGCAGGUGGUGUACUCCUUCAGUGGUUACGCCCCAGACAGGAUCAGAGAGUUAUUCUCCAUUGACCCCAGAACAGGUGUCAUAAAGAUCCUGGGAGAAAUUGACUAUGAGGAAAACCCAAUCAUAGAGAUUGAUGUCCAGGCAAAGGAUCUUGGUCCAAACCCAAUCCCUGGCCACUGUAAAGUCACAGUUAAGGUGGUGGAUAGGAAUGACAACUGGCCAUCCAUCGGUUUUGUCUCGGUGAGGCAGGGAGCCAUCAGUGAGGCUGCUCCUCCAGGGACUGUCAUUGCGCUGGUCCGAGUCACUGACAAAGAUGCAGGGAGGAAUGGGCAGCUCCAGUGCAGGGUGCUGGGCAACGUGCCUUUCAAACUGGAGGAGAACUAUGACAACUUCUACACCGUGGUGACAGACAGACCUUUGGACAGAGAGGCACAGGAUGAGUACAACGUGACCAUAGUAGCCAAAGACAACGGGAUCCCACCUUUAAACUCCACCAAAUCCUUCACCGUGAAGAUCUUGGAUGAGAACGACAACGCUCCCCGCUUCACAAAAUCGGUGUACCUCCUGCAGGUGCCAGAGAACAACAUCCCCGGGGAGUACCUGGGCUCAGUUCUAGCCCACGAUCCGGAUUUGGGUCAGAAUGGAACUGUGUCAUACUCCAUUUUGCCCUCGAACGUUGGAGACGUUUCAAUUUACACCUACGUCUCUGUCAAUCCCACCAACGGGGCCAUAUACGCCUUGAGAUCCUUCAACUAUGAGCAGACCAAGUACUUUGAGUUUAAGGUCCUGGCGAAAGACUCUGGCUCCCCUCACCUGGAGAGCAAUGCCACAGUCAGGGUUAGUGUGUUGGACGUCAACGACAAUGCACCAGUCAUCGUGUUACCCCUCCUGCAGAACGACACGGCGGAAAUCCACGUCCCCAGAAAUGUCGGCGUGGGUCACAUCGUAACAACGGUGAGGGCGCUGGACAACGACUACGGGGAGAGCGGCCGCCUGACCUACGAGAUCUCGGAUGGCAACGAAGACCACCUCUUCGAGAUGGACUCGGUCACCGGGGAGAUCAGGACGGCCCACCCUUUCUGGGAGGAAGUGGCCCCGGUAGUGGAGCUCAUCGUCAAGGUGAUCGACCACGGGAAGCCCACGCUCUCGGCCGUGGCCAAGCUCAUCAUCAAGGCGUACACAGGCCCGCUGCCUGAGGGUGAGCCGCGGAUUAACGAGGAGCAGCACCAGUGGGACAUGUCCCUCCCGCUCAUCGUCACCCUCAGCGUCAUCUCCAUCAUGCUCCUGGCCGCCAUGGUGACCAUCGCCGUCAAGUGCAAGCGGGAGAACAAGGAGAUACGGACUUACAACUGCCGGAUCGCCGAGUACUCGCACCCGCAGCUGGGCAAGGGCAAGAAGAAGAAGAUCAACAAGAACGACAUCAUGCUGGUUCAGAGUGAGGUGGAGGAGAGAGAUGCUAUGAACGUGAUGAACGUGGUGAGCAGCCCCUCCCUCGCCACCUCCCCCAUGUAUUUCGAUUACCAGACACGCCUGCCCCUCAGCUCACCCAGGUCAGAGGUCAUGUACCUCAAGCCCACCGCCAACAACCUGACUGUUCCUCAGGGACACGUGGGCUGUCACACCAGCUUUACGAGCCCAGUGACGAAUACCACCGAGACCCCCGUUAAUAGGAUGUCAAUAAUUCAGACAGACAAUUUCCCCGCAGAGUCCAAUUACAUGGGCAGCAGGCAGCAGUUUGUUCAAAGCAGCUCCACGUUCAAGGACCCCGAGCGAGCGAGUCUUAGAGACAGUGGCCAUGGCGACAGCGACCAGGCCGAUAGCGACCAGGACACUAAUAAAGGGUCUUGCUGUGAUAUGUCUGCCAAGGAGGCCCUGAAGAUGAAAGCCACCUCCACUAAAGCCCCACCUCUCGAGCAGGAGCAAGAAGAAUGCAUUAACUGCACAGAAGAGUGCCGAGUGCUAGGGCACUCCGACCGCUGCUGGAUGCCCCAGUUUCCUGCAGGAAACCAGGCAGAAGGCGCUGACUACCGCACCAACAUUUUUGUACCGGCAGGGAUGGAGGUCGCUGUGGAGACGGAGACCUACGAGACCGUCAACCCCAAUGGGAAAAAGACUUUCUGCACCUUCGGCAAGGAGAGGAGGGAUCACACCAUCCUGGUGGCCAACGUCAAACCUUAUUUAAAAGCCAAGCGUGCGCUCAGCCCCCUGCUUCAGGAGGUCCCCUCUGCAUCCAGCAGUCCCACUAAAACCUGCCCCGCCCCCUGCACCUCCACCAAGGGGCCUACAGGUGGCGCCGAGGGCAAGCCCGGAAGCAGCCACUACGGCCCCCCAGACGGCCAGCACCUCUCACCAAAUAAACAGCUGAAGGACGCUCCGUACAUGACCUCUGACCCCGUAGCCAAGGCCCUGACGGACGUCCGCUCCCGCAUCAGCCAGGACUCGAGCGAGAUGGACUGCGUCCUGGAUCAGCUGGACCGCGGGAACUCCGACCCCCACCGGGAAGGGAUGGACGCCGAGCAGGUGGUGCGGGACAUCGACAAGCUCUUACAGGACUGCAGAGGGAGCGAGGCCGCACCCCUCAGGAAGUGAAGCGCGCGCGUGCCAUCUGGAUUCGGGUGGGGGCGGAGGAGCGCCGUCGCCGUCUGACUUUGGGACUCUCCAGGCGGGGGUCAGCGGAACAGCGCUGCCUCUCCUGUCUUAUAAGCAUUUCAAGUGCCCACCAGCUCAUAACAAUAUCACUGCAGUCCUUUAGCAGAAAUACUCGCUCACACAUGGCAGAGGUGUGUGUGUGUGAGUGUGCGAAUGUGUAUGUGUGUCUGUACAUGUGGUGAUGACAGGAAUGGAAGUUUCUCACGACAAUCGGCGCAAAAAUGGAGUAUUCCAGACUUUAACCACAGAAGAAAGAGUGAGAGAGAGAGAGAAAGAGACACAC